CCCAGUCGCGACGCACCGUCCGCUCCGGACGUUCUGGGACAGCUGGGACAACUCGUUCAUUCAUUCAUUCAUUCAUUUAUUUAUUUAUUUUUAAAAUUUAUCAAUCUCUUUUUCUUUUCUUUCUUUUUUUUUUUUUAAUCGGGCGUCAUUUUGUUAAGACAACCGCGCGCUCCUGCAGGUACACGAGCGUUUUCGUGCUAUUUUCGUGCUGUUUAGUGCGUUUUCGCCGCCAUCAGCAGGUUGCAUUUGUUGUACUUUCGGAAUGUUACCGUAAUAUGGUGUGCCAUCAACGCCUUGCGGAACAUUUGUCCAGUGACUGCGGUGCAAUGUGAUGUUUCCCCUGUACAUCGCCGAACAGCUGCAGCCGCAGCUACAGAGCUAGCCAAUUCAGCCUGACCGACUCUUCUGUUCAGGUGAUUUUUCACAUGAUUCUCCGUUUCUCAGCCUCGGAGAUGGUGUCGCCUUGAAGAGGGUGGAAUGAUGAAGGCUGCCGUGGAUGUGUGCUUGUGUGUGGAGAGCUACAAUGCUGCUAUCCUCUGUCGGGAUGUGUGUCGCUCCUACGGAAAGCUCAGAGUCCUCACUGACCUCAACCUGUCUGUUCCACAGGGCCAGAUCUAUGGUUUGCUGGGACCAAGUGGGUGUGGGAAGACCACCCUGCUGAAGUGCAUCGUGGGAACUCUGAAGAUCUCACGAGGUCAUAUUAGCGUGCUGGGGAAGCCCCCGGCGUUCCCGGGACAUGAGGUCCCAGGGAGGAUGGUGGGAUACAUGCCGCAGGACAUCGCCCUGUACAACGAGUUCACCAUCAGCGAGACACUCUGGUUCUACGGUCGCGUUCAUGGUCUAUCCUCCAUUGAAACCCAGGCCCGAAUGGACUUCCUCAUCAACUUCCUGGACCUGCCUCAGAAGAAAAGCCUGGUCAGGAACCUCAGUGGAGGUCAGCGGCGUCGUGUUUCCCUCGGUGCUGCUCUUCUUCAGAACCCUCAGCUCCUCAUCCUCGACGAACCCACCGUAGGAGUGGACCCUGUUCUCCGAGCCAAGAUUUGGCAGCACCUCGUGGACAUCGUAAGAGGAGGGGAGGUGUCGGUCAUCAUCACUACCCAUUACAUAGAGGAAGCCAGACAGGCGCACACGGUGGGGUUAAUGAGGAACGGAAGACUCUUAUAUGAAGGUAAACCUGAGGCAGUGAUGAAGCAGCACAAUGCAGCAACACUGGAGAGUGCCUUUCUGCAGCUUUGUGAGGACUCUGACCAAACAGGGCCCGAGGCCAGCGCCCAGGGUCCUGCCCAGGUGAACAGCCCGACUCCGGGCGGGCCAGAGGACGAAAGCAGAGCGCCCAUUCUGGGGAAAAGCCCCCAGGCUGCAGGCGUAAACACACCAAAAGCUGACUGGAAGGUGAAAGUACGACAUGUCAUUCCAAAAUGGCGGAAUAUUGUUGCCCUGACGAUCAAAACGUUGGUGAGAAUGAAGAGAAAUCCCGGCUCCCUCUGUUUCCAGUUCCUGCUGCCCAUGAUUCAGAUCUGCCUGAUGUGUCUGUGCAUUGGCGGAGAGCCGAGGGGGAUCGAGGUGGCAGUGGUUAAUAACGAGAGCAGUUCCAGCUCCUUCAGUCGCACACUUCUCUCUCUCCUCGACAACGCAAGUGUCCACCAGGUGAGCCUCUCUCAUUCCCAGGCUAUGGAAGGUAUCCGUAACGGAGAGUACUGGGGAGUCCUGGAGUUUGGCCAGAACUUCACCAGCUUCCUGACCAAGAGAAUGUUGCAGCCCAGAGUCUCCAGAGAGGUGGUCGAGGGCGGGUCUGUGCACGUGUGGCUGGACUUGACCAAUCAGCAAAUAGCAAUCAUGCUACAAAAGAAACUUCAUGAAGCAUUUCAGGCCUUCAUUGAAAAUAAAAUGGGUAGUCUGGCCUACCUGGUCUCUGUCCCCGUUAAGUUUGAGGAGCCCAUAUACGGCAGUCAGAACACGGACUUCACUACGUUUGUGACUCCUGGGGCAGUUCUGAGCAUCACCUUCUACCUGGCUGUGGGACUCACUGCGCUCUCCUUCGUCCUGGAGAGGAAGGAAGGGCUAAUGGACAGGUGCCGGGUGGCAGGAGUGAGCUCACUGGAGACCAUGCUGGCUCAUCUCUUCUCUCAGCUGUUAGUCAUCAGUGUCCAGAUCACUCUGCUGCUUUCAUUUAUCCUGCUUGUGUUCAAGAUUCCUAAUGAAGGAUCCCUGGCCUUGGUUGUCACCCUGAUUGUGCUGCAGGGCGUGACCGGAAUCUCCUUCGGAUUGGUCAUCUCCUCUGCCAUCGACGACGAGCAGUCAGCGAAUCAGGCGGCCCUGGGCAUCUUCUACCCCAAUCUCAUUAUCAGCGGUGUUAUCUGGCCGGUGGAGUGUAUACCAUAUCCCCUGCGUUACCUGAGUCUGGUGCUGCCUCAGACCUAUGCGUCUGAGUCCCUGCGAUGCAUUAUGUACCGAGGGUGGGGUCUGUCACGCAUGAUGGUGUGGCGGGGCUUUGCCAUCACUCUUGGCUGGAACACUUUCUUCCUCAUCUUGGCCACAGUCAUCCUCAAGAUGAGGAUGUGAAGGGAUCUUGGCCUGGGAAGGUGCUUUAGACUUCCGGAGGGCCGUCAGGCGAGUCCCAGGAUUCAUGGAAAAGAGGAGGCCUCUCUCUCUCUCUGUCUAGAGGCUGGGUGUACAUCUCUAAACCCUGCUGAUGUGGAGAGUUUUGAGCCACCAACUAAAGCCCGAGUAGCCAAUCAGGUCCUUUGUCCUAAGGACCACAGCCAAUAACCUCAGGGAAUCUAUCAGCACCGAGACCUUUUUCUCUCAUCAGCAGCAUGCAACCAGCACAACUUCAGAAGAGUGUGUCACUCUUUUAAUCCCAUUUAAACAUUGAUUGGUAUUGAUUUAAACAUUGGUAUCGAUUGGUACUAAUUGCUAUAUUUAAUGUAUGUGUUGCAUCUAUGCCUGUGGAUCCUUCCAGGAUAACGUGGACUGUGGUCUCUCCUAAAACACUAGAAUUUAUUCCCAUUACCACAGGAAGUAGGAACCCUAUUUGUGAGGCUCACAUCGUGCUCCUGUCUCAUAUCUCAGAACUGUCUCAUGGAAUCAACAGUUGGAACGUUGCUUCGGAGCGUCUUGAACCUUUUGGAACCUUCUGGAAACUCACUCUUAGAAAACCUUAGCGUGGAUGCGUCUGUAUAGGUGUCGUUUUUACUUUUCUUUAGAUUAUCUACUUGUUGGAAGUCCCCUUGGAACUUUUGCCAAGCAUUUGCAUCUGACAAUUUUAACACUUUGUUGUUCCAGCUUCUAGACAGUGUAUGUGGAUGGAUGGAUGGAUGGAUGGAUGGAUGUAUUUGCCUCUGAGUUCUUGUGUGUGCGCGCGCGUGUCUCCUCUGUUGACUUACGCCUGUGAAUUAGUUAAUAAUGCUUUUUGUCUCAAUGAGGGAACCUGUUGCCUUCUCCUGCAUCUCUUCAUGCUGGCCAAAGGGGGUGCUUUUUUUAGCCAUACUAACCAGAAUAUGAACUUUCACUGAAUUUGUGUGUGGUUUUACAUCUCAUUUUUAAGAGGAGUUCAUGUAUUUUCAAGUUUACAUGAUGGGUAGAUGUCCCAAGCCAAACCUGCAAUUAUAUAGAAUGAGUGGGGAUGGAUAGUCUUAAAGAAAAGACAUUCUGAUACUCAGAGGGGUGUGCCCUUUAGCAGCAGCUAGAAUCAGUACUGUACAUGUCUCACAAGAAGGGUGUGUGUGUGUGUGUGUGUGUGUGUUUGAGAGAGAGAGAGGAAAAAUAAAUAAUAAAUAAAUAUUCCUUAUUGUUCUGGUAACCAAUGUUAUGUUGUAGUGAAAUUCUGGGAAAGGCUUUCAUCAACAGAUCUGCACAGGGACGUGUUGCCUGUGAGCUCAGGUGUAAGAACCUUCCGUUUGUGGUUUGAGAGAGAGGCUGUCCUGAAAUGACUCUGACAGAUAGUGCACUACAUAUGCGGUGAAAGUCUGUACCUCCAUCCUUGUGUCGCUCACUUGUAUCGCUCACUUGAGGUUUAUUGAUUUCCCCCUUACUUAGGUCUGUGAUAUGUGGCUUUUUCACUGUGCCUCCAAUGCAGCUUAUAGAUCAGUAUUCACAAAUAAUUUAUCAUAGUAAAGUUGAUCUUUGAUCAGUGUUUGUGUCUAAGUUCAGUGAUGAGAGGGUGAUGAAUCUGAUUUACAUCAGCAUGUUUAGGAACACAAGGUAAUUUAUGGAUUGGAGGCCCUGUUCUCCUGUUCUGGGUUAAGAUCACAUCCCUCAAAGAGCUGAUCUCUGUUGCCUUAUUGAUCUGUUUUGACUGUGCAAUAGUAAUCACUCCUCUGUCUUCUCCUAUUGGAUAGUCUUGUUUUUUGCCUCAAGUUAAUUGGCUAAUCGAAAAAUCCCUCCACCUUCAUUUGCUCUAAGCAUUUUGAUAUAUAAUGCAACAAAUGAACAAAACAUCAAAUCAUCAGUGAACAGCAGUCCGUAAGUAUUUGGACAAUGACAAUAUUUGUUGUUUUGGCUCUAUGCUCCAGCACAGUGUACUUUACUGUGAUGUUAAAGCAUCUGUUUUAGUUUAAGGGUAUGUAAACCUGGUGCACUUUGCAGGGAUUAAGGGUAUGUACACCUGGGGCACAGUGCAGGGAUUAAGGUUAUGUACAUCUGGGGCACUGUGCAGAGAUUAAGGGUAAAUACACUUGGUGCACUGUGCAGGGAUUAUGGGUAUGUACACCUGGGGCACUGUGCAGGGAUUAAGGGUGUGCACACCUGGGGCACUGUGCAGGGAUUAUGGGUGUGCACACCUGGGGCACUGUGCAGGGAUUAUGGGUGUGCACACCUGGGGCACUGUGCAGGGAUUAUGGGUGUGCACACCUGGGGCACUGUGCAGGGAUUAUGGGUGUGCACACCUGGUGCACUGUGCAGGGAUUAUGGGUGUGCACACCUGGUGCACUGUGCAGGGAUUAUGGGUGUGCACAGCUGGUGCACUGUGCAGGGAUUAUGGGUGUGCACACCUGGUGCACUGUGCAGUAAACCUUUUAAUUCAUAGUCCUCCCUUUGACGUUUGACCUAAAGUCAGCUGUUGGCUGCUCAUUUCCUGGCCAGCUGUGUGUCGGUGCAUCAUUCGAUCUCACAGAAGAUCUACACGUCGACAGGUCUACUAGUGUCCCCCUACGGCAUGAGCACAGGAGUGUCCAUGCUUGGCAGGAGUCUCACAAAUCAGAAUAAAUUAGACACCGGUCAAACAGAGUUCUCAACACCAGUAUCGUUUGUUACACAGCUACGAUAUCAGGUGUCUCGGAAAUCAACUGUUUGGAACGUUGUUAAGAAGCAAGAACAAAUCAAGUUUAGCAGAAAUUUGCAGUUUGUCAGACCAGGGCACAAGGAUUAGCUCUGGGUUUCAGCCUGCAGCUAGUCACCGGUAUCAGCAAAAUUAUUUGCACACAAUCACCCUUUUCACGGAAUAUUUAGUUAUAGUUAUGGAGCCAGACACACAGACUCGUGUUCUUAA